GGGAAAUAGGAUUCAAAUAUAAUAAAAGAUUUAAAAUUAUACCCUUUUUCUCUUAAGCGAAGUAUUAUAAAUAAAUAAUAAAAAAAAAAAAAAAACAUCAACAUUAUUUUUCAAAUAUAAAAAUAAAAUAAAUAUUUUUCUUAAAUUUAGAAAUUCAGAAAUUACAAGUGAAAAAAUAAUAUUACUAUAGAAUAAAAAAAAAAAAAAAAAAAAAAUGGCACCGCCAAAAUUUAUAACUUAUGAGGAGGAAUUGAAGAAAAAUCCAGAAUUAAAAGACAGUGAUAUUCAAAUGUUAAGGGAAUGGAAUGAUAAACAACCGCAUUUACCAAAAAUUCCUGAUUUGGAACUAGCAUUAUUUUUACAUAGCAAUUAUUAUUUAAUGGAACCAACAAAAACAACAAUUGAUUGUUAUUAUACAGUUAGAACUCAUGUGCCGGAAUUUUUUAGCAACAGAAAUUUCAAACAGUCCAAGGAACUUCAAAAAACUUCAAAUGUCGCUGCCACAACGCCAUUGAAAGGAACAACAAAUGAGGGUCACAAAAUUAUUUUUUGGAAAUUAAUUGACACAGACUCAUCGCAAUUUGUACAUAUUGAUAUUUUGAAAUAUUAUUCAAUGAUAUUUGAUGUAUGGUUACAUUCGGAAGGUACAACAAGUGGACAUGUUAUUAUAGCCGAUAUGGCUGGCUUAUCAUUAGGACAUUGUGCACGAUUAAGUCCUUUGACAUCGAAAAAAUUUAUGGUCUAUCUUCAGGAUGCAUUGCCAGUGCGUUUAAAAGGAUUACAUUUUAUGAAUUCUAAUGCUGCAAUGGAUGUACUUUUACAAAUGAUAAAGCCCCUUAUGAAAAAAGAACUAACUGAUGUGUUGCAUGUUCACACCAAUAGUACUACAUUGGCAAAACACAUUGACCUUGACAUUCUACCCAAUGAAGCAGGUGGAAAAGCAGGACCAUUGAGUGAAUUUCACGAAUUAAGGAAAAAGGAACUCGAAGAUUAUAAGGAUUGGUUUGAAAAUGAUGAAAAAACCGCACGUGUUCAAGAAUCAUUGCGUCCAGGAAAAGCAAAAAAUGCCACUGAUCUUUUUGGUGUUGAGGGCAGUUUCAAAAAACUCGAUAUAGAUUAGAUUUUAUUAUUUAAAAAAAAAAAUUCAAAUGUCGAAUUAAAAGGAAUUGCAUGCCUAAAAGUAGGACGUACCUACUUUACUUGAAAUGGGUGGGACCAAUUUAAAAGAGGCGUGUCUAAUAUAAAAAGAGGGAGUGUCAAAAAGUGAAAAGUAUACAAAAUAAUGUACCAAUAUUUUUUUGUCAAUCACCAGUAUUAGUAAGUAGUAGGUUUAACAUAAAUGUAAAUAUUAAUAAUCUGUUUUUAAAUGUAAGAAUGUAUGAGGUAACAUUGGUUGAAUUAUAUAUAUUAUUAAUAAUAAUAGUAAAUGACUCUAAAAGAGGCGUGUCUAGCCAUGAACACUCCUACUAAUAGGCGUGGUUAACAGUUAAUACUUUCGUUAGAGGCGUAGCCUCUAUUUUGGGGUGUGGCAUAAAUUUGUUAACACGCCCUUGAGUGUGGCUAAGAAAAAAGGGGCGUGUCUGAAGCUUUAAUUAUUAUAUUCCGCUGCACUACAUUGGGGAUAAAUCAGCAACGGUAAAAAAAAUUGUCACGCCCAUGGGUGUGGCUUAGAAAAAGAGGCGUGUCUGAUGCUCUAAUUAUUACAUUAUGCAAGGCUAGAGUGGGGCUAAUUCAGCAACGGCAGAAAGUUGCCACGCCCAUAGGUGUGGCUUAGAAAAGGGGGCGUGUCUGAAAUUCUAAUUAUCUUAAUACAACUGGAUUUUUAAUUAAAGUCUAUUUAACAAUAAAAUAAAAUUCCAAUAUCUAAUUUAACUUUUAUAAAUAUUAAAUUAUUUAAUUAA